UUCAUUCCUUUGUAUCCCACUCAAUAAAUAAAAAUGGCAGGGAAAGCAGCACAAGAAUAAAGUUAGAUGCGAGAUGUGCAAGGCUUGUGUAUUUGACGCAUUCCCUGUUAGAAAUCAAAUCUGUUUAGAUGGAGGUUCUUACAUGCUAAAUUUUAAAGGCAGCAAGGAGUCAAAAUCAAUCCAUGUCGCUUCAAAUCCAUUGCAAACGUUUUGCACUGAACUCUGAGCUUCGGUUGCACGUCAUUUGUUAUCGAUCACUUACCAAAUCUGUUAAGCAUGGCCAACAAACAAAUCAAGAAAGAAUUAAAUAGAGCAUGUGCUGAAUGCAAAGACCGAAGCAUCGUGAAAAUAAUAAACAAAAAUAUCGAGCAAGUAGAAGAUUGUGAAAAAAUCACAUAUCAGCAUGUUUGUUCCUCCUGCGAUCAUCUCAUAGCUGAACAUGAAUAUAACUUUACAGUGGUGGAUUUCGAACAAGAAUAUGAAAUGAAUUGUAUAUUGUGUGGAACUGGACAAGAUCAUGUGGACGCUUUUCAUCCGAAAUAAAAACAAUUCAAACGAAUCACUAUUAUUACAUUUUGUCAAAAAUUUUAAAAAAAUUUACAAAUAAUAUUUUAUACAACA